AUUAUUUAUCACCCAUUUUUGACAUUCCUAUAUUCCAAAAAUUCAAACACGUCACAACGAAAUAAACACUGAAAAAAUUAAUGUAUUUUCAUACAAGUUUUAAAUCACUAAAUUAAAUAUUUCAUGGAUAUCUCCACACUGGGUAAAUACUGCGCAAAAAUAACAUGUAACCGAGUCGAUUUUGCGCCUAUAAAAUGCAACUUGUGUAAAUUGGACUUUUGUCGUGAACAUUACAGAGAAAGUAGACACAACUGUCCAUCCGUUUUUAACAAAUACAUAGAACUGACCAAAGAUAAAGAAGGUAAAAGAUUAUAUACCAUCAGUCCAUCAAACAAAAACCCAUUAGAUACUCCUCCUGACCAUUUCAGACCUAAAAAGGUGAUAAGAGAACAUUUUAAUUGGAAAAACCGUUUCAUCAAAAUAUUAAAAAAUGAGACUGACGAAAUUUUCACUAAGCAAUGUUCUUUGGUAACCUGUAAACGAAAAGAAGCAAUAUCCGUUUUGUGCCCGCUGUGUAACAAAAGAUUUUGCUUACGACAUCGCAAUCCAGACUCUCAUCUUUGUGAAAAAUUUAAAUGGCUUAAUAAUAAAAGAAAUUUCGGUACCUACAUAUAUACAGGUUGGAGCGACAAAACUGUCGAAACUGAUUCCAACUUAUGGGACGAAGAAAAAGAAAUAGUUACAGUUGAUUCAAGUACAACGAAUGAAACUUAACUACUAUUUAUAUAUUGUAAAUACGAUAAAUCAACGUUUAAUUUUAUUUAAAAAUGUGAAUAUGGCAAGUAUAGUAAACAUGGAAUGAUUAAUACAUAACUAAAUAAACAAAACAUUGUUAUAAUUAGUAA